CGGAUGUUAGCUGUAAUGAAAGCUGACAAAAAGAAAUCACACCACCACAGACAUGUUAAGAAAAUCACCUAUCAUCCAUCAAUUCUUCCAUCCAACUCUCAGAAUGAAAAGACAAGAACGAGCCGAACUGUACACACCUACUGUUUUGAAAGCUGGCGUCUCCCGCUCCCGCUCCCGCACCCGUGUCAGUCUUGCCGUCCAUCCCCAUCCUAUCAAUUGGAUACAAUCCAGCCCUGGUUUGUUUGUUAGUUUGGUACAAAAAGCCAACGCUUUGCUGGAUAUAGGAAAGCGUUCGGCUUUCUAUCGGUUAACUACCGUAGACCGAUAUCGUCCAGUCUUGAAGGAGUCGGAGAGAGACAUAAGAGGCUUCUGUGGCGUCUUAAACCCUUGUCAUUAUCCCAUAAUACUUCAAACGGAGGACAGUUCCUCUCUUCAAAGGCCAAUAAGAGCUCCAAAACUCCCCUGUUCAACCUAUGGUCGAAGAACCAAACUAACAAACAAACCAGUAUUGAAUUGUAUGGAUGUUUUUCAAACUUGACUCAUUGGGAAUAAAUCCGAUACGAUAUGAUCCUCGCUAGGGAGGCACUGCAAUCUAGGCCUCAAUGUUCAGUUCAGGCGCAAGAAGCCACCACCACCCAAUAUUCACAUGUGAAGGAGAAGGCGUCGUAGGAUCAGAAAUAAUUUGUUCGAUAAGCAUCGCAAAGUAGGCAGUGGUGGUACUUCGUUCUUCAAAGUUGUUAAAGUUCAGCCAGGUUCUACCUAGUGUGGUCGGAUAUGCUGUGGGUGAUGAUAUACUCUCUCGGAAUAAGAAUAGGUAGAAAAAAGAUAGUAGUCAUUGGUGUCCAUCAUGCCAGUGU